AUGUCCCGACCAAAGGAGACUCGGGCUUUGCCAUUGUGUCAUGUUUGGGUGCGGUCCAGCUCCGACUCUGGCAAACUCAGCUACUCUCACCCUCUGAGUGUGGCGUGGGGCACGCAGCAGCAGCAGCAGCAGCAGCAGCAGCAGCAGGAGGAGGAGGAGGAGGGCUGGCUGGCUGGGACCAGGGGCGGCAACGCAACACGCAACACGCAUGGAUUUGGCAACGAGAUGGCGGGCCCGCCUGAGCAAGCAAGAAGUCAAGGACGCGCCAGUGUGGGAAAUGGAAAGCACGGCGUGGUGACGUUUUCCACAAACUGCCCCGUCCUGUGUGGACAUGGAUAA